CUAAAACAAUUGCGAAGAAGAAGGUGGUAAUCAAAAAGAUCUACUUUACUAAAUGGUGACAACAAACGAUUGAUAAAUCUAACACAAGUCGAGACAUGAAAGGUGGUAAACGAAAAGAUAUACAACCUAAAACGUUUAAAAAAUAUAAACAGUCAGAAAUAAAGUAGUCAUCAUAAUUUCAAAAAAUUGCAAAGUUUGAUUUAAAAACUUGUUUUGAAUAUUAAAUAGGUACACAAUUUAGUGUUACGUUAUCUACGAAUGUGAAAGUUGGUGUAUUCAUUCUAGUACUAUUCUGUACAGUUUGUUUAAAUGAAGUGUUGUUUAAAAUAUGAGCUUUGUAAUAAGUAAGAAGUAAUGAGUAGUACCUAUAAUAAUGAUCUGUCGGUGAUGGGGAAUUGAUGAAAAGUCUGUUUAUUCAAAAUGAUAUUUAUUCAUAAAUACAGUUCUAACUCAAAUAACCGCCAAACACCACCAGUAAGCCACUAAAAAUAAUGCGAAAAAAAUUAAGAAAAGUCUAAUAUUUGCGUAUCUCCAAAUAAAAUUAUGAACGAAAGACUACAAGCCUUAGACAGAGAAAAACGUUGAUUGCUCUCAGAUUAAGAUAAUCUUAACGGAAAUGUGCGGUGUAAAAGUGUUGUAACUUAUAUGGUGAAGCAGUAUGAGAAGCAAUACGGCAGUUCUGUGGGCGCUGCUGGCCUACCCCAUGCUAGCAGUCGCGUCCACAACUAGCGCAUAUCUCAACACAUCGCUCAUCGUCUCAGACCACUUUCAACCAUUUGGACUCGACGACUAUUUCUUCAUAGAAGAGCAUGCUUACACAAAACAAAACCGCUAUAAGCGUGCAGCUCACUCCCUUAUAUCGCCGUUCGAUAUGUCCAGACUGUUCAAAAAGAAGAAGUUGAAAAGUAAACUGGAACCUCAACCGAGCGCAGCACCACUCCAAGCUUACGGUCAGCUCGUGCACUAUGCAACGUUUGCCACAGAAGAUGGCACUGAGCUAUCGUCUUCUGAAUCAACAGUAGAAAGUACUAUCGCUGCUACUACAAAAAUCGUUACUACCAGUGUUCCACCGGUAAAUGUAACAGAAAGCAAACGGCUAACGAAAAGGAGAAAAGCAAAAGUGAAUGCUAAAAACGUGACGGACACUCAAGGUUUGGGAAGUAGAGACCGCAAGGGAACUAAGGCAUCAACCGAUGGCAAAGGGUCUCGCAAGUCACGACUGGUCAAAAAGAAGCCUCCUGAUGAGGCUGCUUGGCCUGUAAAGCACGCCGCGGUGGUGGAAGGAGAUAUCGUGCUGGGAGGACUCAUGAUGGUGCACAGUCGGUCGGAGGGCGCGACGUGCGGGCCGGUGAUGGCGCAGGGCGGGGUGCAGGCGCUGGAGGCGAUGCUGUUCGCGCUGGACGCCGCCGCCGCGCGCCGCCUGCCGCCGCCCCAAGUCGCGCUGGGCGCGCACGUGCUCGACGACUGCGACAACGACACCUACGGACUCGAGAUGGCGCUCGACUUCAUCAAAGGCUCGAUCAGCAACAUCGAUGACGCGGAGUACGCGUGCAACGCCACGGCUGUGAGGAAGGUCAUCUCCGGCGUGGUGGGCGCCGCCUCCAGCGUCACCUCCGUGCAGGUCGCCAACCUGCUGCGACUCUUCAAAAUCCCACAGGUAUCAUUCUUCUCGACGUCUCCGGAACUUUCAAACAAAGCAAGAUUUGAGUACUUCACCCGCACCAUCCCUUCAGACUUGCAUCAAGUGCGCGCCAUGGUCGAGAUAGUCAAGAAACUCGGCUGGAAAUACGUGUCGAUAAUUUACGAAGAAUCCAACUACGGCAUAAAGGCGUUCGAAGAAUUGGAAACGCUGCUCGCGCGGAAUAAUAUUUGCAUAGCGGUGAAGGAGAGACUCGUGAAAGACUCGGGGGAAGCAGACGAGGAAGCUUACAACGCGAUCGUUGCUCGGUUACUGUCCAGACCUAGAGCUCGAGGCGUAAUAGUGUUCGGGUCGGACCAAGAGGUGGCGGGGGUGAUGUCGGCAGUGGGCCGGCUGGGCGUGACGGAGUCGUUCGGGUGGGUGGGGUCGGACGGGUGGAGCGCGCGGGCGCUCGUCUCCGACGGCAACGAGCCCGCCGUCGAGGGCACCAUCAGCGUCCAGCCGCAGGCCAACCCCGUGCGCGGCUUCAGGGAGUACUUCCUCAACCUCACCGUCGAGAACAACCCGAGGAACCCCUGGUUUGUCGAAUUUUGGGAAGACCACUUCCGGUGCCGUUACCCGGGCAGUCCCCGAACUCCCUACAACGUGCAGUAUACGCGAGCAUGCACGGGGAAGGAGCGCCUCUCUGCCGAGAACACUGAGUUCGAGGCGCAACUGCAGUUCGUGGUAGAUGCCGUCUUCGCUUUUGUAUAUGCGAUCAGGGACAUGCACAAUGAUCUGUGUGGAGGCAAACCUGGACUUUGCGAGGCCAUGCGACCGGCCAGCGGCGCUACUCUCCUCCGGUAUUUGCGACAAGUACGCUUCACAGGCCUGACUGGAGACGAGUUUCAUUUCGACAGCAACGGGGAUGGCCCUGCGCGAUACAACAUACUGCAUUUCAAACAAGUAUCUCCAGGAGUAUAUCGGUGGAUGAAAGUCGGAGAAUAUCUGGACGGAGAGCUCGAGCUGGAUAUGGACGAGAUCCAGUUCAAGUUAGGCGAGCGUCGUCCGCCGGAGUCGGUGUGCAGCCCGGAGUGCGAGCUGGGGCAGGCCAAGCAGUACGUGGAGGGGGAGAGCUGCUGCUGGCACUGUUUCAACUGCACGCAGUACGAGAUCCGGUCGCCGGUGUCGGAGACGGCGUGCGUGGAGUGUCCGCUGGGCACGCUGCCGGACGGCGCGCGGACGCGGUGCGCGCGCGUGCCCGAGCUCUACCUGCGGCCCACCGAGCCCGCCGCCAUCGGGGCCAUGGCCUUCUCCGCGCUCGGCGUCUUGCUCACUACGCUGGUGGCGGGCGUGUGGGCGGCGCGCGGGGGCACGCCGGUGGUGCGCGCGAGCGGGCGCGAGCUGUCGCUGGUGCUGCUCGCCGGCAUACUCAUGUGCUACCUCGUCACCUUCGCGCUCGUGCAGCGACCCACGGACCUGCUCUGCUCCUUGCAGAGGUUCGGCACCGGGUUCUGCUUCACGGUGGUGUACGCGGCCCUGCUCACUAAGACCAACAGGAUCGCGCGCAUCUUCGCCGCCAGCAAGCACUCGGCGCGCCGCCCCUCACUCAUCUCACCCAAAUCACAACUCGUCAUCUGUGCCAUUCUCGUCUCCAUUCAGGUAGUAAUAGUGGUGGUGUGGCAAGUGGUGUCGCCGGCGCGCGCCAUCCACCACUACCCGGCGCGCGAGGACAACAUGCUGGUGUGCGACUCGUACGUGGACGCGUCCUACACCAUCGCCUUCUUCUACCCGGUCGUGCUCAUCGUCGUCUGCACCGUCUACGCCGUGCUCACGCGCAAAAUACCGGAAGCGUUUAACGAGAGCAAGCACAUUGGGUUCACGAUGUACACGACGUGCGUGAUCUGGCUGGCGUUCGUGCCGCUGUACUUCGGCACCGCGUCGCACGUGCCCCUGCGCGUCACCAGCAUGGCCGUCACCAUCUCCCUCAGCGCCAGCGUCACGCUCGUCUGCCUCUUCACCCCCAAGUUGUACAUAAUAAUCGUGCGGCCGGAGCGCAACGUGCGCGCGAGCCUCAUGCCGCCGCGCUGGCGCUCCAUGACGGGCGGCGUGGCGGCCAUGCCGGGGAUGGGUGGCGCGGGGGGUGGGGGCGCGGGGCGCGGCGCGGCGGGCGGGGCGGUGUGCGCGGCGCUGGUGGGCGCGGCGCCGCUCCCCCGGCCCAACGACCUCACGCCCUCCACCGACCUCUCCACGCUCAAUGACACCGGUCAGUUGCAUUCCUUUUUACCCGACUGCGCAAUGCAAGAGCGCGACGCGCAGACAGGGUAUAGUGUUUAA